GGUGAUCAUGACGCUGUCGCGUAAGGACUUUCAAGCCCUUUUAAUCGUAAUAUGCUUUGGUUUUUGGAUCGAGAACCUUGUUCAGGGCGCAGAUGAUUACUAUGUAUAUAGUCCGGUGUGCCAGAUGCCCGCCGUGAAUCCCUUCACGUGGGACACAAUGAGUAAUUUCCACAGAAAGACGCUAAGGCAUUGCCACAACGACAGCGACAUGGUAACGAGUGAAUUCGACUUCGAGACACAUCAGUACCGACUGCAUGUGCACGAGCACCUGGCCAAGCCCAUUAUGAACAGGAAGGGCAAUGCCACCCUGGAGUGCGAGUACCAGGAGAUUUCACGGGAUAACUCCGACCAGAAGCCCGACAAUGCCUAUAAUCAGCUAAGAAGGCGGCCCAUAGAGCAGCACCAGUUCGUUCCGAACAACACCGACUACAUGAUCACCAGUUGCUACGUGAGGGAUGUGACCAAGCACCGGGAGCUGCUGCAACAGGAUGCCAUUUCCUUCAUCGAGGACCGCCUCCCAAAGGAGAAGGUCAAGGAUUUCGUGAAGGACGAAAGUGAGGUGCACAAGCCGAGCGUUCUGAUCAUGGGACUGGACUCCACAUCGCGCAUAAAUCUUCGACGAGCCAUGCCAUCGGUUUACAAAUUCGUUAGACAACCCGGCUGGUUCGAAAUGCAGGGCUACAAUAAGGUGGGCGACAAUACCUUUCCCAAUCUUCUGGCCGCGCUGACAGGGGAUUCCGAAAAGGGAGUAGGGGAUUAUUGUGAUGUCACAAAGCCGGGCUGCUUGGACUCCCUGAACUUCAUUUGGAAGCGUUUCAAGAAAGCCAACUACACAACAGCCUUCGCCGAAGAUUGUUCAUCUAUUAGUACCUUCAAUUACCUGAAACCGGGAUUUGUGAAGCAGCCAACGGAUUACUACCUUCGCCCACUACUUUUCGCCAUCGAAAAACAAUUUAAAGUGACCAAUGACUUCGGAUUUGCCUACUGCGUGGGUCGCCACCUCAGCUUCAGCUACGUCUGGGACUUUGGCCAGCAGUUCAUCGAUCGCUUCCUCGGCAGAUCCCCAAUGUUCGGCUUUCUAUGGAGCAAUAGCUUCACCCACGAUUACUACGAGGGAGCCACUGCACUGGACAACCUGCUCUGGAAGUAUCUAAAGUCCUUCGAGGAGUCCAAUCUCUUUCAGAAGUCCAUUGUGAUUCUGAUGAGUGAUCAUGGCCACCGGUAUAACACUUUGAGGCGGGCUUCCACUGGGUAUUUCGAGGAGCGCAUGCCGAUGAUGUUCAUCUACUUGCCACCCUGGUUCCGGCGCAAGUAUCCCCAUUUGGCGAGUAAUCUCGGCAAGAACCAGAAUCGACUCUCGUCCAACUACGAUGUGUACAUGACGCUCCAGCACUUGCUCCAGUUGGAUAGCAAGUCCGUGGAUGAGUUCCCGGAUAAUCUAAGGGCAAGGCAGUGUAAGAGCUGUCAGUCGCUUUUCUUCGAGCUGCCCUUCAAUCGCACUUGCCAAAUGGCCGGAAUCGAGGAGAAAUGGUGCUGUUGCCAGCCCACGGAAACCAUUACGAAUUCCCCGCAUGUGAGCACAAUUGCCGAGGCUAUUGUCCAGCGAAUGAACGAACACUUAAUUAGCCAUAAUCUCAGCGAUCUUUGCCACAAUUUCACAUUGGAUUAUGUGGAGAAAGCAGAUCGCAAAACCAUCCUGUCCAACGGACUUCGGCCGGCUGAUAAAAACGAGCAAGUUUACAUCAUUGUUUUCGAAACUGUCCCGAAAAACCCAAUUUUUGAGGCCACUGUGCGCUGGAAUAGUCGAACCCAAAGGCUUCUUCACUUCGAUGUCGAGGAGCUAAGUCGAUUGACCUCCUACAAGAAUGAUGCCAACUGUAUAAAUCGCAAGAAUGCCAAGAAGUAUUGCAUUUGCAAGGACAGCUUAAGUAGGCCUAGUUAGCACUGGUUAAAUUGUAUAAUUCAUAAUAAGGAAAGAAAGAUACCAUUGUGUACCCACU